UCUGCUGUUAAAGUUAAAGGCAGGCAGAGAAGUCGGAAGCCCGGUUUUGCGCAGCGAAGACUCUGAGGACAUAUUCGAUCUGACAUGAUAAAGUCGCUGAGUCUGUCGUCUGAAAGCUCCCUCCCUCCGGCGGAGGACGAUGUGGACUCGGUCUGCUCCGACGAGCUGAUGGGCUCACAGUCCCGCCGCUGGCUGGCGGAUCUUAUGGGCCGGGACAUGCCUCCGGAGAGCGGAGAUGUCAACACGGUCGGCCGGGACGGGCUGUUCGUGGACUAUCACUUCCCCCUGGGAGAGCUGGAGAUGCAGUCCGGGGUCAAGUGGAAACGACCGAAGGAACUCUGUCCAUCGCCUCAGUUCAUCGUGAAUGGAGCCACACGUCUGGACAUCUGCCAGGGAAAACUCAACGACUGCUGGCUCCUUUCUGCCAUCGCGUCUCUCGCUGUGCACCGAUCUCUACUCAACAAGGUUGUGCCUCUAGGACAGAGCUUCCAGAAUGGAUACAACGGUAGCUUCACCUUCAGGUUCUGGCAGUACGGUCAGUGGGAGGAGGUGAGGAUAGAUGACCUGCUGCCGACUGAGGACAACAACCUGAUCUACCUGAGCUCCCCAGAAAAAUACGAGUUCUGGAGCUCCCUGCUGGAGAAGGCCUACGCCAAGCUGAAAGGUGGCUACAGGGCUUUGGACAUGGGCUUCCCUCACGAGGCCAUGGUUGAUAUGACGGGUGGAGUGGCCGAGGUUUUGAACAUUUCCACGCUGUCCAGAGACCUGCCGGGCUUCCUCAGAAACCUGCUGUCUAAAGGAGCGCUCAUCAACUGCGCCAACUGUCAGGGUCCUCUGGAGCAAAGGAAUGAACUGGGGAUCAUGUUCAGACAUGCUUACUCUCUGACGGCAGUGGAGAAGGUGAAGACGCCACAUGGCACCGUGGAUUUGGUGCGAAUCCUCAACCCCUGGGGCAACACUGAGUGGAUGGGACCCUGGAGUGACCUGAAAGGCCCAGAGUGGAACACAGUGAGCACCGAGGAGCAGAGAAGACUGGGCCGAGUCAGCCGGGAGGACGGGGAGUUCUGGAUGUCGGUGUCAGAUUUCAGACAGCAGUUUGAGGUGAUGGAGGUGUGUCACCUGACCGACGUUCUCAGCAAACCAGGCUCCAGCGUGCUGCCAUGGAGCUACAUAAUGCAUCAUGGGAACUGGGUGCCAAGUGUUUCAGCAGGAGGCUCACCCAGAGGGGGCUUGUUCUGGCAGAACCCUCAGUUCCACCUCACGCUGUCAGAGGUGGACAGUGGCAGAGCGAACUCUCAGAGCUCCUGCUCCUUCAUUUUGGCUCUGAUGCAGAAACACCAGAGACGCAGAGGCGUAAACUUUUCCAUCGCCCUGCAUGUAUACCCGGCCCAUCCUACAAAUACCUACCUGUCGCCUGAGUACCUGAGCACAGUCCCCUCUGUCCUCUACACCCCCCAGUACUCUGCGCGUCGGGAGGUUGUUCUUCGUGGCUCCCUUCCACCAGGUCAAUACAUCAUCAUCCCGUCAACCGCCGAGCCCAAUCAGCAGGGAGCGUUUCUCCUGCGCGUGCUCACAGAACAAGGCAACGCAGCCACUCCAGCUCACAAACCAGCGCCACAAGACAUCGCUUCAAUAAAGGAGCCUUCGUUUCCUCACCAGGCUGCUCUUCCGUCUCCUCAGUCUAUCGACCAUCUGUUCAGAAAGCACUGCAACAAGAAGGGGUUUUGCAAACCAGUGCAUCUCCACAGUCUCCUGACUGAAGCCAUACAGGGAGGAGUUCUGGCUGGCAGUGAGAAGCACCUGGCUCUGGAGCACUGUAAGAGCCUGGUGGUCCUCAUGGAUACCCAAGGCAUUGCUCAGCUCAACUGGCCUGAGUUCCAGAGUCUGUGGGACAAGAUCAGGAGGUGGACGGACAUCUUCCUGAUGUUUGACAAGAACAAAUCCCAGCGCCUCGAGUAUCAAGAGGUCGCUCCUGCCCUGAAGGCAGCAGGCAUCAUGGUGGAUGAUUUGGUGAUGCAGCUGGUUGGACUGAGAUACACAGAGCCUGACCUGACCAUCAGUUACCCCGGCUUCCUGUACCUGCUGAUGAAACUGGAGAGCAUGAUCCACAAAUUUCAAGCUUACGACAUGGUGGGAAUGGGAAGCGUAACUGUCAGCUACAGACAGAGUGGACAUUAAAGCAGGUGAAAUUCAACUACAUGUUUUCUCAUUGGUUUCAGUGGCUCCACAUGACCAUGUACAACUGACCUGACCUGAUCCACUCGGACGGAUUCACCAGGAUUGGCUUAGUUUAGUCUUUUCCUGCCCUUUUGUUUUUCAUGAUGUGAAUGUGCAGAGUUUAUUUUCUCUGUGUGUGUAUGGAAGUAGAUGUACAACAUCAUUCCAUGAUAGAAACAUGUAGCAAACAAAAAAAACAGGCUUCGUAUUUUCUCACGCCGUUCACCUCGUGUGUUGUGGUGCCAUCACAUGGUCAGAACUGUCUGAUGGGGUCCAUCCGGGGUCAAAGGUCAUAGGAAGAUGGGCCACUGUGACGUAAAGAGAGGUUUAUGCUUCACUGUGUCGGUGACACUUUAACAGAUGUCACCUUCACGAAUGAAACUUUGACGUGGUGCCUCCUCUGAAUGAUUCUCUCAACCUUCUCAAACCUCAUUUCUCAACCAUUUCAGCAUCAUCCUGCAUUUCUUUAUUAUUGCCUUGAAACUGAAGUGAACAACAGUCCUUGGCAACGUGUUGGAGUUGGAGCAGUGAUAGUCUGAUUACUCAGUGAUUCAUUAAUACUCUGGGAUGUCAUGCACGUGAUUAUAAAAAACAAAAAGUGUGACUUUUUUUCUUUGGCUUAGUUAUAUAUAUAUUUUUUAAACGUAAUAAUGUGUUAAAUUGUGUAUUCAUUUCAUUUCUGCUUAAAUUACUUCCCAUUUGAGGAAAAUUAAAUGACCAAAAGGAAAUGCAAAGUGUAAGGUUAUGUGGGUGUAGGUUUGUCAUCGUCAUAAUAAUUUAGAGUAACACAAAUAAAAUCAGAUGACCUACUCCGGUGUGCUCCCUCCUUCACUUUCACUUCAGUUCAUUAAAACUGAUGGGCUGUAGGUUGGAGUCGUCAGGAUGUGUGUGUGUGUGUGUGUGUGUGUGUGUGUGUGUGUUCAACAUCCUGUUGCACUGCUGCUGUGUUGUUUCAGACUUUAGGACAGCAUGUGACACUCAUACAUCAGCCACGCCCUCACAAACUGUCUCUCUUCCUGUCUUUCAUCUCUCAGAUCGUGUGUUUGUUAAAAUUAGUAUUAAUAAGCUUUUUUUCUCACGCUUUCCUUUUCUUGUCUGACCUCACAGGAACUUUCGAUUCGAUCAUAAAAAGCCAUCUCGACAGUGUAUUUAGAUUUUACAGGGCUCAACCAGUGGGUGACCAAAACCAUGACAGAGCCAGAUAACAACAAACUGUGACUGUUAGACGACAGGUUCAUAUUUUUUUAUAGUAUGUCUUUAACAAAGUUCACAGGACUACAACAACAUUAAAAGAACUAUUGUUUGCUUUACUUGUUCCUCAGAAAGAUCCUCUUCUGAACCAGCGCCACUGUGAUGCUGGACUCACAGAAAACACAUUUUCACGUUCACCUCCUCAGGUGUAUGUUUGUGCAGUUUUUGCUUUUGUUUGCUCAAGUUUGAGGACUCUGUCUCUGACGUGUCUGAUGCCACCGCCGUACAUUAGAGGACAGCUGACUUUAGUUUGUCGCACUCACAAUAUUUUACCAGCAGUUUCUAUUUCCAGAAACAGUGUCUCUGUUAUACCAGAUAACUAACAGAACUACCACCGGGGCUGUUUCUUCACUCAAGGGUGGUUUUCAUGAAAUCCACAGAUGAGACCAGAUACACACUUUCAGGUGGAAAAUACGUUUUUUGUAAUUUGGGUGAACCAACUCUUUUUUUAAUAAAAACAUACAUUUGUAGUAUUUUAACAGAAAAUGUUGUCAUUUGUUGUUAGAUUAGUAUAAAUGUGUUACUGUACAAACUGGACUUAGCCUCAGUUUAAACAUCACAAAUUA